AUGCCUCCCAAGGGUGGAAUUACUAAACGAGAGCCACCACGGCGUCGCAAGAUUGCCUUGGCUUGCGAGUCAUGCCGAGAUAAAAAGGUCAGGUGCGAUGGUACAAAGCCAAUCUGUGGCCCAUGCACUCGGCGCUCGCAUACUGUUGACCAAUGUGUAUACAAGCUGGAUAAUGCGAGGUCUGCCAGCAACGAUGAAUACCUGAAGAUUCUCCACGAUCGUAUUCGAGAGCUUGAAGAGACAUGUGCGAAAGGUGGGGUUACUGUUCCGCCUCGGCCUUCACAGCAUGGAGACCACGGCGAAAGUAAAAGUCAUAUGGGUGAAGAUAUGGAUUUGGAUCAUCUGGAUGCCGAAUCCAGGACAUCUGUUGCUGCUGAAGGAUUACUAGGACUGGGUUCCACCCCUGUGCCAUCUGGACCAAUUCCUCUAUCUCCAACACCUACUUUUCAACCGCCAAGGUUUCCCGCGCAGAGGAAUGGAUUUGAAGCUGAGCGCUAUAGAUCUCCACAUGUGGCAAAUCUGUCUCCUGAAUCUGUCCAGCCACGAGCAGGCAGCAUAUAUCCUUCACCGUCUCUCAACUCCCACGGUAAUGUCACCGCCAUGGGUGCAAUAUCUGUUGCAGAAGAUGAACCAAGCACAGACUCUCCACGGGAGCAGCAAUACUAUGGGAACUCUUCAGUGGCGUCUUUUAUGCGUCUCGCAGGGGAGUCGAUGCCUCUGCAAUCGUACAUGUCAGCUUUGCGAGACAGCAAGAGUGAGUCGUCAAGAUCCCAGGGCCCAGAUACGGGGAUUUGGCGAGAUCUAGGCCAUCCAUCGGUAGAUCUUCGGUUCGACGACUUCUCCUUGCCGCCUCGAUCUCUAGCAGACCACCUUCUUGAGUGUUACUGGGAGAGAGUACAUUGUCUAUUCCCAUUUUUCCAUCGUCCCAGUUUUGAGCAAGCGUAUGAAAAUCUCUGGGGGUCGGACAAGGCAUCCAAGCCCGAGUUGCCACAACUCAAUAUCGGACUCGGGGGCGCAUUUGAUUGCGGUCCUAAUUCAAUUGUCUUCCACUGCGCACUCAAUUGCAUCUUUGCCAUUGGCUGCUAUUUCUCUGAUAUUCCGCCUGCAGACCGGGAGGCUGCGGUUUAUUCCUUUUUCCUUCGCGCAAAGCGAUUUGUGAAUCUCGAUCUUCUGGACAUAGGCACUAUCGGCGUCGUUCAAACGCUUCUGAUUGUUUCACUUCUUCUUCAAAGCACCCCUUAUCCGAAUCGGUGCUGGAAUGCAAUUGGACUGGCGUGUCGAGCUGGUCAAGGACUCGGGUUACACGAGACAACCACACACUCCUCGAACAAACCUCUCGAGACAGAAAUACGGCGGCGUACCUGGCAUAGCUGCGUAAUUAUGGACAUGAUUGUGAGCAUGACACAUGGAAGACCGAGCAUGACCUCUCACAUCUCACCGUUGCCUCUGCCUGCAAUGGGAACGGACUCCGAAGAAGCUGAUCCUUGUGAACUUAGUGGACAAUCCUGUGACCACAAGUUUGGGUAUAUGACCUUCUACGUUUCAACCAUUGAACUAUACAAAAUACUCGAGUCUAUUCUAUCCGAGGUCUAUAACGCUUGGCAGAGUCGAUCAAACAGCACUCGCACCAGUUCGCCACGAAGCUCCAAGCUUUGUAGCCUAGAUGUGUUGAUGGAGCUCGAUGAUAAACUUGCUGCCUACGAGACUAGCGUGCCCCAGCCCUUAAAUUGGACAGAUGAGCCAUCGCUGCAUCGCUCAGGCGGUGGCAUUGCGUCGACAUUUAAGCGCCAGCAGAAUGUGUUGCGUGCGAGAUUCAUUCACCUUCGCCUCCUAUUAUAUCGCCCCAUGUUUACUCAACUCUGCUCCGAUGAGCGAGCAGGGUCAUCACGCCGCUCUGAUACACAACCCAGCGAGAAAAACAUAAUCUACUCCUCAGUUUUCUCAAAAUGUGCCGCCUCAUGCGUCAUGGCAGCUAUAGACCUGGUCUCACUUGUUCACGAAACAUAUCGAACAAAUGCAACUGAUGCAUGGUGGUACAAUGGAUUCUACACAUCAACUGCAGGGUUCAUCCUGAUAAUGUCAUACUCCUGCCAUUCUAUCCGGGAGCAAGUUGACUCACACAUCGUGGAUGAGAGUUGGCGCAAGUGCGAAGAAAUCUUGGCUUUUAUGGCUAUUUUCAGUGUGUCUGCCCGCAACUCGUUGCAGUUCCUGCAGGUGACGCAUCAACAUAUUACGCAAAAUUAUUCAGCUACUUGUCGGCCUGGUGACGCCUCCUCGUUGGUUUCUACUCAGCUACACCAAAGGGGCAAUCAACAACCGAACCGACCCGAUCUGGCGUCGCAGCCUACCGAGCCGAUAUCAGACGAACACAACCUCCGUCACGAGGCCAGUAACAUGGAUAUCAAUCUUUUCACAACUUGGGAUGAGAUGAGCCUGGGCCAGGAAGAGUUUGGAUUUCUUGGAAGAUUCGAUUUGCCGGAUCUUGCAAGCUGGUUCACGGAUAUACCCCCUUGA